AUGAGGGAAAAAACCCUGAGUCACGUGGUUUCACUGCCGGGUUCAUAGUUCGUGUUGACAUCCGCAGACCCACGGCGAUGCAAUGGCUGAAAUAGACAUUGGGAAGCAUUGUCAGAUCGAUUCUUGCUGUCAGAAAGAUUUCCUUCCAUUUGUCUGUGAGCUGUGCAGUGGGGUUUUCUGCCUUGAGCACAGAAGCAGAGAUGCCCAUUCAUGUUCAUGUUCAGAGGAGCCAGUUAAAAGGGCAUCCCAGAAUGCUGUUGGUGGCAGCACAAGUUUUCCGUGCUCAUUUCAAGACUGCAAGGGAAAAGAACUGUUGCCGGUGAUAUGUUCGCAGUGCGGAAAACAUUUCUGUUUGGCCCAUCGUCAUCAAGAUGAUCACAAAUGUGAGAAGUUGGAAGUCCAAAAGCCUCGAAUGGCCGCCACCAAAGAGCUGGUGCAAAAGAUUGUUGAGUCCAAGGACAUAUCUAAGAAUAAAGGACGCAGAGGAGCAAAGAACAGUGCAACUGCAGCUAAGGUAGCUUUAAUGAAACUGAAGCUGCAUGCUGCAGGAGACAAGGGGCUGCCACAGACAGAGAGAACCUAUUUUCAGGUCUAUCUUCCUAAAGAAUCCAAAGACUCCAGCCAACCCAUGUUCUUCUGUUCCAAAUGGAGUGUGGGAAAAGUGGUGGAUUAUGCUGCCUCGUUAGCUGGCCUCAAGAACAACAAUAAUGUUCUGACAGCUAAGAAGCUGCGGCUGUGUCACCCUCAGACAGGUGAGGCUCUCCGGAUGGACGAGGUGCUGCUCUCGCUGCUGGCUCACCAGGUUUCCCCCCUGUACAACGGGGGUGAUGUGAUCAUAGAAUACCUGGACAACGAGGACUCGGGCCUGGAGAAUGUUACUGACUACAUCAGACAGACAUGAUGAUAUUUGUAUCAAUUUUAGUGUUUCGGUCAAUAAACUCUAUUUA